AUUGGAAUGGCGGUAAAUUAAUGUAAACAAAAACAAUAUUGUAAUAAUCUUUUCAAUAUUUUCAAGUGUUUUCCAGAUACGACAUGCAUUGAUCGCGAUCAGGUUUUUAAGAAAGGACUUCUGCUUGAUGUUUUAAUGUGUGACUGGUGUAGAUUGGGUUGUGCUCUCUGCAGAAUCGGUUUUUAUAAGGUGGGUUUAAUAGAUUUGGGAAAUUAAAUUAGUAAAUUACAAAUUGGAUUGUAGUCUUAUAAAAUUUUACAAGAUCAUAUUCUACAAACAUGGAUCGAUCACUAAUUAAAAUCAUCUACACCUUCAAAGAAUAAGUAAAAUCUAAAAUCACAAAAAGUCUGAAGCAUAAACUAAUGAUUUUAAAAGGUACAAUGAAAAAAGUACCGUAUUAAAAUAUAAAAGAAAUACGUAACGUUAUGUAUAAAUGUAAAACGUUCUUAUGUAAUGUAACGUUAUGUAACGUGACGUUAUUAUGUAAUCUAAAGACAGGUCUUAAUUGUUACAAUCAAAUUUUCUGCCCAGAAAAUGCAGUUGAUAUAUAUUGUUAAUACGAUAUUUUGUUAAUACGAUCAGUCUGUAAAAUGAAUACAGUGUUGAUGAGUCAAAUUUCCUCAUGAUCAGUAUGACAUAAUGACGACAUUCAUCACCUGCCAAUAUUAGUAGAAGUUGUCUGAUCUCUUGACUUUCUGAUUUCCCGUUUCUGCACAGUGUUGCCAUCAAUCCGCACCUGCCCGACCCGAAUAUGCAAUUGUGGCUCUGGGACUCGAUAAUGGAGGGAAGUCCACGCUACUUGCAAUAUUAGCCAAUGAAGAGUCAAGUGAUGUUCAACCGACACAAGGUGCGUAGACUUGAACAGGACAGCUGCAAAUUGAGAGUUCAGCUAGUUGCCUAGCUCUCCCUCAAUCUGCAUUGUCCUGUAUAUACUUGGUAUAUAUUUCUAAGUGUGAAUGACUUGUUAGGAACGUUUUAUGAAUUUCUUUUUAAAUGAUUGCUAGGAUUCUCAAUCAAAGCACUGCAAUUUCCUGAUGCCAUUCUGAAUGUCAAAGAGCUGGGAGGUAUGGUCAUGCUUGACGCUUUAAUAUUGUACAAAGCCAUCGGACAGAGCAGUUUGACAGACGGGUAGAAUAGACAGGUACAACAGGCAGAAUAUACAAACAAUUAAAUGUUAAAAGCAACUGAAUAUAGUUAAACAGAACACCAAGAUCGAACAGAUGGAAAGGCAAAACACAGGGCUAUGACAUAACAGACAGACAGGGACGACCAACAGAAAAAAUCUGUGAUUGUGAAGACUGACAAAUAGCUAUGGUUCACCAAGUUCAAAAAAUAAUUUUACGAUGGUAUAUGUAUUUUUUUCAGGUGGUGUAGAACAGUAUUGGGCUCAUUAUUAUGGUGGAUCACAAGGCAUUGUAUGAGAAAAUAUUACAAAAAUAUUCCCAAGCAAAAUUUGAUUCUAAGAGUUUGAUUUAUAUCAUUUCUCAAUUUCUUUCCUUUACUUUUUAUACAAUCAAAGAUUUUCGUGGUGGACAGUUCGGACAGUAGUCACCUGAAUGAGGCAGCACAAAGUCUUGCUAAGGUCCUUCGUAACUCAACUCUCGCUGGCCUUCCAUUGUUAGUUCUUGCCAAUAAACAGGAUCUGAGUGAUGCUAAGGACUUGGUAGAGGUAUUAAAGAUUGCGUUUACAUUUUAUUCUUGUUAUUUGCAACAAUAUUGUUCCAAAAAUUAACAAACCAAACCAACUUUAAUUUGGCUUGGCGAAGUAAUAGAUAUUACGUCAUUAUCCUGUCUCCAUUGACUAUAAAUAUAAUUAUAUUUAUUUGUUUCAAAUUAAUUUUGUUUUAGAUAACAGAUAUUUUAAACCUCAUCGAGGUUGCUCGGCAUUAUGACUGGAUAAUUCAUGGAUGUUCUUCCGAAAAUAAGAACAGUAUUCAAGAAGGAUUUUCAAAACUUAUAAAUAAAUUAAAAUCAGAAGAACCAAUCGAAGAUAAUCGGUUAUGAUGGCAAUUUUUUAUCAAAGAAAUAUUCUGUUACUCAGGACCUAACAAAAACAUCAAACAUGUUUGUUGGAACAGUUUUAGUUUUGGUGAAAUAAUCAAAUUGUAUAGAUAUUAUAUAGUUAGUGGCUUAGUACAUAAAUUAUAAAUUCUGUAUGCUUGGCUGUCUGCUAUUCAGAUAGCUAUACAGACUACAGUGCCAUAGAUCAAUGAAGUAUUUUCACUGGUGAUCAUUUGCCCUAAAACAUGGUUAGCAGCUACAGUAACCAUACAGAUUCCCAUGUGAACAAUUUCAACAAAUUCGAGCAUUGCAACCGCUAACUAUUAACUGCAAGGCUUGAAUUUGUACAGUUUCACACAUGAAUUACUGUACUCCAAAGGCAAUAUCAUGAAAAUUUUAGUGCGGUUCUGAAUUCAUCUGGUCAUUUUGAAUGUAGCCUUAUUUUGUAAUAAAUUGGAACACACUGUUUUACGAAUGGGAAUGUGUGAAUCUUAUCCAUUGAGGUCUUGUCAAGGUGCACAAUGGUUUUGCAUCCACUGACGUAAUGCAAACUUACUCCCGCUGGAUAGUCUCGGCAAGGUCCAAUCUUCAGAUUGAGGCAUGCACGCCAUGAGCGGAGACAGUGGUAGUUUUUUGUCAACCUGUUGGCCAUUUUCUAUCACCUUUGCACUAAAUUA